AUGACCUCAGCACCUUUGUAUUGUCUUUGUCAACAGCCUUAUGAUGUAAAUCACUUCAUGAUUGAGUGCGACCUGUGCCAGGACUGGUUUCAUGGUAGUUGCGUUGGUGUUGAUGAAAGGAAAGCCGCUGGCAUUGACAUCUACCACUGUCCAGCCUGCGAGGUUGUACAUGGGCCAUCCAUUAUGAAAAAGUGCCACCGAUCUUCUAAGAAGCAUGGAGCUCUCAAGAAGCAGCCAGUGAAGACUGGGAGCCCUAUCUUUACUCAGCAGCUCCAGGGUAAGACUUUUGACAGCCCUGAUGAAGUGAUUUUGAAGCCCAAAGGAAGUCAGUUGACAGUGGAAUUCCUGGAAAAGAAUAGCUUCAGUAAACCCAUCCUUAUCUUAAAGAAGGAUGGGCUGGGGAUGACACUUCCCCCAACGUCAUUCACUGUCAGAGAUGUGGAACAACAUGUUGGUUCUGACAAAGAGAUUGAUGUGAUUGAUGUGGCCCGUCAGGCUAGCUGCAAGAUGAUGCUAGGUGAUUUUGUGAAAUAUUAUUACAGCAAGAAGAGGGGGAAAACCUUCAAUGUUAUUAAUUUGGAAUUCUCUAAUACAAAGCUUUCUAAUAUAGUAGAGAUGCCCAAGAUAGUUCAAAAGCUUUCCUGGAUUGAAAACUUAUGGCCAGGAGAGUGUGGCUUUGAGAGACCCAAUAUACAAAAAUAUUGCUUUAUGAGUGUGCAGGAUAGCUAUACAGAUUUUCACAUUGAAUUUGGUGGCACAUCAGUCUGGUACCAUGUACUUAAGGGUGAAAAGAUCUUCUAUUUGAUCCACCCAACAGAUGCUAAUCUGACUCUUUUUGAGUGUUGGAGCAACUCCUCUCAUAAGAAAGAGAUGUUCUUUGGUGACCAGGUGGACAAGUGUUACAAGUGUCCUGUGAAGCAAGGACAGACACUUUUCAUUCCUACAGGAUGGAUCCAUGCUGUGCUCACCCCUGUGGACUGCCUAGCAUUUGGGGGAAACUUCUUACACAGUCUUAAUAUUGAAAUGCAGCUCAAAGCAUAUGAGACUGGGAGGCAGCUGACUACCCCAGCCUUCUUUAAGUUUCCCAGCUUCGAGACCAUCUGCUGGCAUGUGGGACAGCACAUCCUGGACCUCUUGGGAGGUCUGAGAGAGAACGGGAGGUCUCCUGCCUCCUACUUGGUUUGUGGUGGUAAAGCUCUGAGCUUGGCCUUUCGGGCCUGGACAAGGAAAGAAGUUCUGCCAGAUCAUGAGGAUGAGAUCCCGAAGACAGUGCAGACCACACAGCUCAUGGAAGAUCUGGAUAGGGAGAUCCAUCUGGUUGAAGACAUCCAGAAGCCGAGCACUAAUUUUGGGCUCCCGAUGCUCUUUCAUACCAAUUCCUCUUCCUUAAGUAGGCCAACUCAUUCUGCCUCAUUAUCCAAGCCUACGUUAGCAGUGCCCUCCAAAAGUGGUUCAAAAAAGAAAGGCCCAAAGCACCAAGACAUCUUCAAGAAGACAGAACAAAAGGGCAGGGAGAGUCCAUGCUACCAUGGCGAUAAUCUCAUGGAUGUAAACAAUCCUCAAGCACUAAAGCUAGGCGCUGCCUGCUUGAAUGGCUCAGAUAAUGCCUCAGAAUCAAACAAAGUCUUUAAUGAGAGUGAUAACCCAGUGUCUCCGUUGAAGGCUAAUAGAAGUACCAAGAAGAUGAAGAGGAGCCUCUCCAACUCUUGGAGAGCCAAAAUCAUGAAGAAGAAGAAGAAAGGUAAUUCCAGGAUGGUGGAAGGGCAGGUGAUAGGAGGUAACUUGGACUUGAAAUCAAACAAGGAGCUGCUCACUGAAAAGAGAUUGGGCAAAAAGGAAGUGAGUCUGGUAGUAAGCCCAAAACUUUCCCCAAAUGUGCCCCGUGUGGAGUUUUGCUCUGAUGAAAACCAAAUUAUUGAACCAGGGGAAGCUGAGAUCACCACUGAGAACAGCCAUAAAAUAGAUGAGGAAAUGGUGGAAGGGGUUGAAGGGAAGCAUGGCAACGGGAGUGGAUCUGAUAGGAAUUUUGAUCCACUUAAGGCCAGGAAACAGGUGGGAGGACCUGGAUGUGUUGUCUUCACCGAGGACCUAGACUCUUCCAGAAACAAGAAGGCUACACAGGACAGUGUGUUGGUGGCUGAUUUGCACUCCUCACCUCCUUCACCAGCUCCCUCUACCCCUCAGGCACUUUUGAGUGGGGAGCAGGGCCAAGGCAAUGAGAGCUCCAGCAGUGCCUUGGGAGCAGUGUCUAAGAGUCCUGUUUCUCAGCACGCCCCGAGAAAAUGGCCCAUCAAACGGCUAAAAUACUGGAGACCGAAGAGUAAGGGGGACAGUGCCAGUGGGGGCAGCUCCGGAUCAGGCUUCAAGGGUUCUGAGUGUAUCUACAUAAUCCUGGAGUCUGAUGAGGAGUACAAUGACCCUGUUUUGAAACCUCCACCAAGGAAAAGGAAGAUAUCAGAUGAUGCUCCAAGGACUCCCAGGGCAUGUGUGACCCCAACGUUACCGAGACAGGACCAUCCUGCGCACGACAGCACCAGAGUUGCCUCCGCUGAAAUAGGCUUGGCUGCAACAGCUGCAAAGCUGGCAUAUCGGAAAAAGGCACUAAAUGGAGAAGAUAAGACUUAA